AUGUUUGUCAUCAAAAGAGACGGUCGCACCGAAAAAGUCUUGUUUGACAAGAUCACUUCUCGAAUCAGCAAACUUUGCAAUGGUCUGAAUGAAGAAUUCGUCAUGCCUCCCAAGAUCUCUCAAAAGGUUGUUAGUGGCAUGUACCAAGGCAUAACCACAGUGGAAUUGGACAACCUUGCCGCUGAAACUGCUGCGGACAUGACAACCACUCACCCUGAUUAUGCUAUCCUGGCUGCUCGUAUUGCCGUAUCCAACCUCCACAAGGAGACUCACAAGCAAUUCAGUGAUGUCGUAAACCAACUCUACAACCACAAGCACCCAAAGACCAAGACCGAUAAUCCUUUAGUGUCCCAAGAACUCUUUGAUAUCGUGAACAAAUAUUCUGAGAGAAUUAAUGCUGCUGUAGAUGAUGAGCGUGAUUAUGACCUGAACUUCUUUGCAUUCAAGACACUUGAGCGUAGCUAUCUCUUAAAGGUUGAUGGCCGAACUGUGGAGCGCCCCCAACAUAUGAUUAUGCGUGUAGCUCUUGGUAUCCACGGCAGUGAUAUCGAGGCUGCAUUUGAGACAUAUGACUUUAUGUCCCAGAAAUACUUUACUCAUGCUACACCUACGCUCUUUAAUGCCGGUACUCCUCGUCCUCAACUUUCUAGCUGCUACCUCGUCCAGAUGAAAGAUGACAGCAUUGAGGGAAUUUACGAUACACUGACAACUUGUGCUCGUAUCUCCAAGUCUGCUGGUGGUGUUGGUGUGAGCUUCCAGAAGAUUCGUGGCUCUGGAUCAUACAUUGCUGGUACCAACGGUACUUCCAACGGUAUUGUUCCAAUGUUGCGUGUCUACAACGACACUGCUCGCUUUGUAACUCAGGGUGGAGGAAAGCGCAACGGAAGUUUCGCCAUGUAUCUUGAACCUUGGCACGUGGAUGUUUUUGAUUUCUUAGAUCUUCGCAAGAAUUCCGGAAAGGAAGAAAUGCGUGCCCGCGACCUGUUCCUCGGAUUGUGGAUCCCUGAUCUGUUCAUGAAGCGCGUUGAGAGCAACGGUAGCUGGUCCCUCUUCUGCCCCAAUGAGGCCAAGGGACUUUAUGAUUGCUACGGAGAGGAGUUUGAUAGACUCUACACCAAGUAUGAGAAUGAAGGAAGGGCUAGAAAAACUGUAGAAGCUCAGAAGCUUUGGUUUGCUAUUUUGGAUUCUCAAGUUGAGACUGGCAUGCCUUACAUGCUUUACAAGGAUGCAUGCAACCAAAAAUCUAACCAGAAGAACCUGGGUACCAUUACGUGUUCCAACUUGUGCACUGAAAUCAUCGAGUACUCUGCUCCCGAUGAAGUAGCUGUUUGUAAUUUGGCUUCACUUGCGUUGCCAAAGUAUGUCGACACAGAAACUCGCACCUUUGACUUCGAGAAGCUUCAUGAAGUUGCCAAGGUAGUUACACGUAACCUCAACAAGGUCAUUGAUGUCAACUACUACCCUGUCGAAGAAGCCAGAAACAGCAACAUGCGUCACAGACCUAUUGGUAUGGGUGUCCAAGGUUUGGCUGAUGCUUUCCUUUUGAUGCGCUACUCUUUUGAUUCUCCCGAGGCACGUCAGUUGAACAAGGAUAUUUUUGAGACUAUUUAUCAUGCUGGCCUUGAGGCCUCAUGCGAACUGGCAGCCAAAGAUGGUCAUUAUGCCACUUAUGAAGGUUCGCCUGUGAGUCAGGGAAUUCUGCAGCACGACAUGUGGAAUGUUAGUGGAUCUGAUCGUUGGGAUUGGACUGGCUUGAGAGCAAAGAUUGCUCAACAUGGUGUGCGUAACUCACUGUUGGUGGCCCCUAUGCCUACCGCAAGCACAAGUCAGAUCUUGGGUAAUAACGAGUGUUUUGAGCCCUAUACUUCUAACAUCUACACACGUCGUGUGAUGAGCGGUGAGUUCCAGGUGGUCAACCAACACCUCCUCAGAGACUUGAUUGAACGUGGUUUGUGGAAUGACCAGGUCAAGAACAUGAUUAUUGCCCACAACGGUAGCGUUCAACAAGUUCCAACUAUUCCAGAGGAUAUCAAGAAGCUGUACAAGACUGUUUGGGAACUUUCUCAGCGAGUUAUUAUUGAUAUGGCAGCAGAUCGUGCGGCCUUUAUUGAUCAAUCGCAAUCCAUGAAUUUGUUUGCAGCUGAGCCAACUUUCGGAAAAUUGACCAGUAUGCACUUCUAUGCUUGGAAAAAGGGCCUCAAGACUGGCAUGUAUUACUUGCGCUCCAGACCCGCAGUAGAUGCGAUCAAGUUCACAGUGGACCAAUUGGCCCUCAAGGACAUGUCCGCCGAGGAGCGCAAGAUACAAGAGGAGAAAUUGGUAGCCAUGCAGUGCUCAUUGGAUAAUAAGGAUGCCUGCAUUAGCUGCAGCGGUUAA